AUGGGCAUCCGAUUCUCGAAGCUCCGAAAGGCGAAGCGCGUCGUGGACGUGGGGGUUGACCCGGUCCUGGGUUCUGAUCCUUAUGCCUUCAGGUAUGAGGCUCAGGCCCAGGGGCCUAAGCCCAAGUACUACAACCCGGUGACCCAUAGUUCGCACACGCGUACGGCAUCUGCGACAUGGGAGUCACACCCGGGAGAAGUACUUGGGCUUCCGAAACCCCCACCGGAAGCGACAUCGUCGGAGGAGCGGCGUCGAGCGCAGGUCAGGCCUGUGCCGCCACGACAAUCGGUGCAGACGGUCGAGUGGAGUAGUCAGAGAAACGGUAGUCCGCGGAAGAUGAAGUCAAAGUCCCGAAGGAGAGCCGUCCCUCGGCGAAAGCCGGUGACGGCGAUCAAUUGGGCAGGAUUUGGGGGCAAAGUCGGGGAUCAUAUAGGGAGGCGAGGAAUCGGCGAGAUUGGGGUUGGGUUUAGGAUGGGGUCGGAGGGUCAGGACCGACGAGGAUUGGGGAUGGAUGGUUGGGUUGGACCGACGGAGGACGAGGAUUGGGGACGGAGGGUUGGGUUGGACUUAGAAUCGACGACGACGAUAUAUUACAAGGGUGGAGGAUUCGGCUUUUUUUCCUUCGGGAUUCAGAGAUUGCAGUUUUUGUAUUCGGUCGCUGGUGCUCAGUCACGACUGAAGACGGUCAAGUUGUUUUCGUAG